AUGCUUCUGAUACGUCUUGUGUUGUGCGUAAUAUGUCCCGCCGCUUUAUCGUCAAACGUGCACUCGAUACUUCCCGAAAGUGAUGAUACCAAAAUUAACGAUGGAGACGAGUACCGUGUCCGAAACUAUGUUUCCGAUCACGAGAUUCCAAGGGACGUGCCAACGAGGGUUAAGAUCGUCGGUGACUUGGGGACACCACCUCCUAGUGUCAAAUUGGAUUUUGUACCCAAACAGACGUACGUGCAGGUUCGAAGAUAUGAUGCUAUCAAGCGGCUUCCGCAGGAGGCCGCAAUGGAAGAAGCGGCAACUUCUGAAGAACUAGCAAAUGCACCUAGACUUAGAGAAGUUGUAACUCACAAGAAGACACAAGAGGUGUACGAGGAACAAGGUUAUGAAGAUGCCGGAUACGACCACGGUGGUUCAAAAAAAUUAAAAAUUGAAGAAGAAGUAAAGGAUAAUCAAAGCACAGAGGUCUUUAGACCUAAAAAUAGUUCCUCACAAAAUGUAGAAGAAACUAAAGACCAUGUAGCAACAGUUGCACCAUCAGGUCGGGGAACUUGGAGUCGACACAAAACAACUACAGGUAAAAAAACUAGAUAUGAAGAUGAUGGUGAUAAAAGAAAAGUAAUUAUUAAUGAUAGCAGCCCUAUUAGUGAAAAAUCGUCAGGAAAUUAUUCAAAGUUUGAUGGAGGAAAAAUAAUUGUUGUGCAAAAUCUAACAGAAUCUGAAAAAAAAGAUUCUAAAAAUGAAGGUGCGGAGUCUAGACGAGUUCCCAGUUUUAGUAAAACUAGAGAUAACGUAGAACCAACAACUUAUAGGCCAAUUAUGAGACAUGAUAGUUCUCGUAAUACGGUAAGACAAAAUAAAAAUGAUCAUAUGAACAGGACCAGAAGUAGGCCCAGAAAACGUCAGGAAGCUGACGUACAAAAGUCUCAAACAGAUGUGAUAGGAAGUUAUGAUAAUUCUCCCUGGAUACCAAUUUCACCACCAACGGAUUAUAAAAGAAAUAAUAAUGUAAAUAAAAAACCAGUUAAAUCGAAAAUGAAUUCGGAAUUACACGAAUUAAAUGGCCAUGCUACGAAGUAUGGGUAUUCAAUAAAUCACGAUACACCAUACCAGUAUAUAUUUCCAACUGAUAUAUUGCAAACAGGGUCAUCAAACAAACCAGACAGAAAGUUAAGGCCUAAGUUGGAAAACUUAGAUAUUACUGUUGGAAAACCACAAGUGUUAUCAUAUUCAAAUUAUGAUUUCAUUCCUCAGACAAAUUAUGAUGGUAGUGCCAUAAAUCCAAAACAUAAAAAAAUAAAGAAGUCUUCAGGAGAAAAUUUAUCUUUUGAUUCUAUAAAUUUACCUUCGAGUAAUUUUAAAACUGGUGUUUCUCAUAUUAACAAACAAAACAGAAGUUCAACAAAUCAAAGACAAAAAAAUAAAACAAUUCAAAGUGGAUCUUUGGAACAUCUCAAUACAAACGUUAAGUCUGAACCUCACCAAGAGAAAAAAAAGAUAAAUCAUAGAGACAUUGAAACAGAAUUAGGAAAUCGUGGAAAUUCAGGCUCACGGUACACAAGUACUUUUGUUAAAGAUUUCAACCCUCCUAAAACGUAUGAUACACCAUUUAUAACAAGACUUAAAAAAAAUAACUAUGAUUCCAGAGGAGAUCCAACUAUACGUGUUUAUCCAAAAUAUGAGUUUUAUCCAAAUUAUCAAAAUGAGCAACAUCCUAUGAACGAUGAAACUCAUCACGGACAAAGACCAUUAAAUAAUAUUAACAAAGUACACUCAAAUAUUGAAUCAAAUGAAAAUCCACAGCAUAACAUAAAACACGACAGUUCACGUCUUUCUGAAUACUCAAAAUUCAAUAAUAGACCAAAGAACGUUUAUAAACCAUCAGAUGAGACUUUUGAAAGCUGGGAAAAUUAUCCAAAAAAUAGAGGCCAAACUCCUCAAUUAUCAGAAGACAAUUAUUCAAAAUUAAAUAAAGGAGAUGGUUAUCCAAAAUUUGAUUCGAAUAACAGAUUUGAAGGAUCUGGUACUAAAUCAUCAUCUAUAUACAGAUUAAUCCCUUAUGAAAAGUCAGUAAAAAUGAACAAUCCUUAUUCGUAUGUAUAUCACGAUGAUCAUUAUCCUUCCGGAAGCAGGUACAGCGGAGUUAAAGUUGAAUUAACGACACAAAGCCCUAAAUCGAGUGACAGAAAUGUAUAUUGGAAUAGCAGACAUCCUCAUUUACCUAAAGACUCAAUAAAAAAUACCGAAGAACUUAAAGGUCGAGAUAAAUCUGAGUAUGAAAACACCCGUCAUGUUGAAAAUUUAACUUUGGCUCAUUUUUCCGGGCUUCAUAAAUCUGGUUCUUAUCGACCACUUCCAAUACAAUAUAAUGAACGUGUGAAUAAUUUGGCAAAACUUCUCAACGAUAAUUAUCCAAGAAGAACACGUAGAGAUUUAGAGGUAAUAAAUAUCGCUUCAAGUGGUACUACAACUGAAAUUCCAGUCGAUACUGUUGUAUAUCCUCAUUACAAAAAUGCUCCAAAGCAAUCGGCAUUAAGGUAUGCUACUAAUCCGAUUUUGACACCACGCAAAACUGCUGGUGGUAUGGAGUUUUACGCUUCUACAGACAAUGUUCGGUGUACUGAUAUGUCAGCACCCACUGACAUUGUACCUGAAAGAAGUGAAGAUGGCAAAUGGAAUGGCGAACCUUCUAAUGAUAAUCCUAGAGUAGACGCUCUUGGUGAUAAAAUCGGAUGCUUUAAAACAAAAUAUUUUGGUAGUGAUCCUUUAGAUAAUCCUAUCUUUAAAGAAAAAGAUGUUGGAUUUCCUGAUGUAUUAUUCUCUGUGAAGAAACCUCCAGAAAAGGAAGAAGGUGGUAUUCAACCAGGCAAGCCACACGUGGACUGGAAUUUUGCAGAUGAACUAAUUUCUGAUCAUUGGUUUCCUGAUAAGGAUGUACGAAAUCGAAGAUCAGAUAAUAAAAGUUUACCAAUUAAUCAUAAAAUUCAAGGUAUGGAAUCAAUUAUACCAGAACCAGUUAUUUUAACAUUUCCAACAAAAGCUUCAACAGUUGUCUAUAACAAUGACACGAAAAUAGUAUCAGAAGAUAGUGAUUCUGACGUUUCUUCGAAUGAUGAGCAUGUCUUACAAUACUCGGUUCAACACCCUGUUCCAAAACAAGAAUCUAAUAUGAGAAAUAACAAUUUAAUAGAUAAUAAAAUUGAAGGCCUUCUUCCACCACCACAAAUAACAAAAAAGUUUAAAAAACUUCAAAAAAUUAAAAAACCCAUGGUAAAAAAAGUGUUGAAAAAAGUAAAAGUGAAUGACGAAUCAAAUGAUGCUGAUUUGCUUGAUGUCCUUAGUCCUAUUACUUCUUUUUUUACUGACGAAGAUGACGUCAUGGUUUCACCUAUUGUUCACAAUUUUUUUAAUAUUAAAAUGACACCCUCUGCUAAACUUAAGACCACAACAAUGGUGGACAAAAACAGUGGUGAAACAGUAAAUAGAUUUCAAAUGCAAAAUUAUAGAAGAACCAAAAGAAAUAUGAAACGUGUAGAUUUACAAAAACCAAAACAGAGAAAAUUAAAUAUUUACAACAAUACCAAUGUAAGUGUAUCCUCACCUACUGCUAGUGUAAGAAUGUAUUCUCCACAAAACAGUUCUUGGUUUCGAGAAAAAAGAGACCAUGUUUCAGUCAAUGUGGAUGUAAGAAGAAAAGAGCCACGGUAUUAUUAUCAUACUGAACGACCACGAGUUAGAGUUAAAAGGGUAGUGCACAAUCCUCCAUUUUAUAGUAGAAGUGGUCAGGUAUUCAGCAGCAAAUAUUUGGUGUCAGAUCAGGAAAAUUCUGAAACUCUACCUGAGGAAAUAAACGUGGCAUUUUCUACUACACCUAGGUAUGAAUCAACGCCAAAGUUCAUACCAGCAAUAGCAUUUGGAGACAGCAAAACUAAAAUUAUUAAUUACAACGACAGUGUAGCUAAUAGUACAAACGACAUAGAACGCCCACAAUUCGAUAAAAAAGGUUCAUUGAUAUAUGUUAUUAAUCCAGAUACUGGUGUUGGGAAAUGGAUGCAAGUGAUAAAAGUGAAAAAUGAAGAAGACACUAAAUCUGCAUUAACGAAUGGUCCUGUCUAUUUAGAAAAAAAAAUUAAGGAUGGUAUUGCCGAAGAAUCUAUUGGAAAAUUUGGAUUUAAAGGGUCUACUAAAGAUUUGUUCAGAAACGUAUUAGGCCCUACUAUAGAUCAUAGAUUUAAAAUAAGACUUCCAAAUAAAGAAUCAAUUAAGGAAGAUGUAAAGGAACCACCAAAAAAAGCUGUCUGUCCAAAAAUAAUACGACCAAAAAAAAAAGAGAUAAGACGAAGAACUACAACGACAACUACUACAACUACAGAAAUACCUGUGGAGGAAGAAGUUGAUGAGAGGCCUGAAGAACAAAGUGGAGAAGAGGAAAACACUGUACCUCCUCAAGAAGAAGAUGAAGAAGAAGGUGGAGGAGAAGGUGUAAGAGAAGUAGGAGGUGAAAAUGAAGAAGAACCACCUGUUGAGCGUCCUCAGUAUCAACAAGAAAGUGAAGAAAACUCUGAUAAUGCAGAAGGUCAAGAUGAAGAUCAAGAUGUUCACGAGUCCAAACGAAAAAAACCACAUGCCAUGGUUAAAAAACCAGAAUUUAAUGGGUAUUUUUUUGGCUCAAGAGAUAAAAAUAAGAAAAUAAUGUAA